AUGGAUUCUGGCAGAAAAGCUGGUCAAUUUAAUAUUUAUUCCAAUCAAGCUGAAACAAACUUACUCUAUCGUAUUGAAUCAUAUUAUAGUCCCAUGCAAAAAAUUGAUCUACGUACGUAUCCAGACAAAAAGGUUAUUGGAAGAUUAAAUUCUCAUCAACUUGGAAUUUGGUAUCAAGCUACUUAUGAAAUAUUUGAUAUACGGAGUAAGACAAACAAAUGGUUUAAUGGAAGUAUUAAACGACAGUCGACAUGGUUUCACGAUGAAUAUCAUGUUAAUCUUGCAGAAAGAAAAAUUACAAUGAAAAAUAGAGCAUUCUCGGGUAGAUUCAAAUUUUACAACGAAGCCAACAGUUUACUUGCUAUGUUUAAAAUGCGACGCAAUUUACUAUCGGCAGUAACUAAAUAUGAUUUAAAGAUUUUCUCAGAUCAAUUUCCAGAUAGUAUUUAUCUAUUAGCACUUGCCGCACACGACAAUAAGAAAACAGCAAUAUAUUCACAUAAUGACAAAUGA